AUGGGGGAACAGGUGAGGCUGCCGCCUGGAGAGCCCUGCCCGGAAGGGUGCUGUGGGAAGAUUCCCAAGUCUCGUCUGAGAAAGACUCUUCCAGAGUCUGCGGUCGGAGUGCGCCGGUGGGCAGAGGGCGUGCCGGGGGACCGGACGGGGGUCUGGGGUUGCGCCCUGCGCUGGUUCCGUGAGGGUCAGGCACUGUGGAAGGUCAGCCGCCGUGGGCCUCGGGGGAGGGCGCUGGGUCCGCCUGGACCGUCCGCAUCUCUCGUCUGUCUUCGAGAUGAAAACUUCUGCAGCUGGCUCGCCGUGCAGCCUCCAUUGGGCUGCUUAGGGCGAGAGCCCAACAGAAGAGGAGACCGGGAACCGGGCGCAGUCAUUUGCUACACGCUGUCUCUAGUCUGUGCAAACUCCGCCCAGGCCUGGUGUGAGAUCACAAAUGUGUCCCAGCUGCUGGCUUCUCCUGUCUUCUACAGGGACCUGAACGCCAGCUACAGGGACAUGAAUUCCAGCAUAAGCGACUUGAUCAUUUCUGCAAACGUAGAAAACAAAUACAGUCUGUACGUAGGCCUGGCGCUGGCAGUAAGUUCCAGUAUUUUUAUUGGCUCCAGCUUCAUACUGAAAAAGAAGGGCCUCUUGCAGCUGGCCAAGAAGGGCGUUACCAGAGCCGGACAAGGUGGACAUUCUUACCUCAAGGAAUGGCUCUGGUGGGCAGGAUUACUCUCAAUGGGAGCCGGAGAAGCGGCAAAUUUUGCAGCUUAUGCUUUUGCACCGGCCACCUUGGUCACCCCGCUGGGUGCUCUGAGUGUGCUCGUAAGUGCAAUAUUGUCUUCCUAUUUUUUAAAUGAGCAUCUGAACAUUCAUGGUAAAAUGGGCUGCAUUUUAAGUAUAUUGGGGUCAACUGUGAUGGUUAUCCAUGCCCCGCAAGAAGAGGAAGUCACUUCUUUGCAUGAAAUGGAAAUGAAAUUGAGAGACCCAGGAUUUAUUUCCUUUGCCGUGAUCAUAACAGUGAUCUCGUUGGUGCUGAUAUUGAUCGUGGCUCCCAGGAAGGGACAGACCAAUAUAUUGGUCUACAUUUCAAUCUGUUCCUUGAUUGGAGCAUUUUCAGUGUCCUCUGUCAAGGGCCUGGGAAUUGCCAUUAAGGAACUAUUGGAAUGGAAGCCAGUUUAUAGGCAUCCACUGGUCUUUGUUUUGUUGGGUGUACUUGUGCUUUCAGUGACGACACAGAUUAACUAUCUCAACAAGGCACUGGACACCUUUAACACAUCUCUCGUGACUCCCAUUUAUUAUGUGUUCUUCACAUCCAUGGUAGUAACUUGCUCCGCCAUCUUAUUCCAAGAAUGGUAUGGCAUGAAGGCUGGAGAUAUCAUCGGGACCCUGAGUGGCUUCUUCACCAUUAUCAAUGGCAUCUUUCUUCUACAUGCUUUUAAAAACACUGACAUUACCUGGAGUGACCUGACGUCCACUACACAGAAAGAGGUCCUCUCGCUGAAUGGCAGUGAAGACAAAUAUGUCUUACUGGAGCACACAGAAUAUUCAACCCCAGGAUACAAUGACGACAUUACUUUGUUUAGCAGGGUUGAUGAUCAAAAUCUCUAGAAACCCCAAACUUUAGCCAAUAUAAGACACUUGGAGAGGACAAGAAAUACCUGAUUCUUGCGAGAACUAUUAGGAAAGCAGGCAUUUUUAAAGUUCUAACUAAUAAUUUAGGUGUGAACCUCACCCCACCAAAAGAUCCUCAAUUUUAGCCAUCAAAUUUAAGAUGAAGGUUUGGAGCCUCCUCCAGAAGACUUCCAGUGGUUUUUGUUUCUACAAACUUGAAAUAUUCCCUGAGCACAAAAGAAGUUCAAGAGUUACAUGAGCCUCUGAGUUGCUCUUCUGGUCACAGUAUAUUUGGCUCUGCCAGGUGGCUCUUCGUUUCUUUGGCUGCUAUUCUUAGUAAUUCGUAGAUAAACUUAGCUAUGUGCUGAUAAGCAGAGUAGCAAUCAUCAUUCUCUGAUGAGUCAUUGUUUCAAAUUCUUAAAACUGAGAAGUGAGAUCACUGAUAUUCUCCCCGCCCCUUCCAUAACUUCUUUCUUUCUAAACUAGAGUGGUGUGCUGAAGCAAAAAUAGGCCUGCUUUGGAAAUCUGCUCCUUGGUGGGUUAGAAGGCACAAGACACACAGCCCAUGAAGGGCUUAUGAAUUGUAACUCAUUGGCAGAUCAUGAAAACUUACUACAAAUUCAAAAGGGGAAAAUGGAGGAAGGAGAGAAAUACUUACG